ACGAGAUCUGGAGAGGGAUGGAGACUCCACAAACAUGGGAGAACCUCCACACACCUGUGCAGCACCUACACAGCACCUGGAGGGUUUGGGCAAGAUGUCGACUGCACCUGCCGAGACAUCAGUGGCACCUGUCGAGACAUCGGCUGCACCUGGCAAGACAUCUGCUGCACCUGUCAGGACACUGGAACACCUGGAGCCGGAGGAUCUGUACGAGGAACUGUACACCUGUCUGCAGGUGGCCAGGAUGCCAGAUGAGGUGAUGGACCAGCAUGGCCAGGCUCUGAGGGUCGUUGACAUCGCCGAACAGUUGCAGGCCAGAUUCGCCUACCUUACAGGUGGGAAAGGGAGAAACGGCGCUCCCAUCAUCACCUUGCCAGAGUAUCCCAGGUUUCAGGAGAUCCAAGAUCAGGAUUUCCUAAGUGUCAUGACUUACCUCACUAGCAUCCCCAGUGCGGAGGAAGCGGAGCUGGGAUAUGUGAUUGUCGUGGACAGAAGACAGGACAGAUGGGCAGCCGUGAAGGCAACUCUCAUCAGGAUAGCGGGUUUCUUCCCGAAGCACAUCCAGGUGGUUCUGGUCCUGAGGCCGACCGGGUUUUUCCAGCGGACGUUCUCAGAUAUCGGGUUCAAGUUCGUACGGGAAGACUUCCGGCUGAAGGUACCGAUGGUGAUGCUGAACUCAGUGAGUGAGCUGCAUGAGCACCUGGACAGGUCACAGCUGACGGAGGAGCUGGGGGGCUUCAUCCGCUACGAGCACCACGACUGGAUCGAGCAGAGAUCGGCGAUAGAGAAAUUUGCGUCGAACACUCACGACAUCGCGAAGACUCUGCAGCAGCUGGGCACAGAGCUGGCCGAGACGGAGCUGCCCAACGACAUCAGCACGACGGAGUCUCUUCUGGAGCAGCAACGGAAACAGAAGGAGGAGAUCAAGGAUGACCUUGCGGAAGCGCAGCGGCACGGCGAGACGCUGCUCAGCAUCAUCCGGCGCCCGUCCAGCGAUACCGUCACCGCCGACCUCUGCCCCAGCACCGCGACAAACGUCAGCACGAUAGAAAGGUUGAUAAUCCAGUUGGAGGAGACAGACAAGGCGUUUGAUGAGUUCUGGUCCAGUCAUGAGCUGAAGUUGAGCCAAUGUCUGCAGCUCAGACACUUUGAGACAGAGUUCCGGGAGCUCAAGGGCACGAUGGACGCCCUGCAGGAACAGUUGUGUGAGACCCAGGAGACCGGCGACAGCGUUGCUAGGGUCGACGCCCUGCUGAAGGAGGCGAGUCAGCUGGAGAACAAAGCCAAGGUGGGGAUGGACAAGGCGCGGAGACUGGUUGCCCGGGGCGAUGAGCUGAUCUCGGAGAACCACUACGCCGUGGACUCCAUCCGGCCGAAGUGUCGCGAGAUGCAGCUCGUCUGCGAUGACUUCACCGUUGCCAUGGAGAAGAGAGUGGACCUGCUCAACAGGUCACAUGACCUGCAGCAGAGACUGGAGAAGGCGAACCGGUGGUGCACGCAGGGCGUUGACCUGCUGGCCUCGCAGCCCAUCGACAAGUGCCAGACACAGGAAGGGGCGGAGUCGGCGCUCAAGGAGUGCAGCGACUUCCUCAAGACGUACGACGACCUUCGGCUGCAGGACCCCAAGGAGUUCCACGUCAAGUUCGAGGAGAUGCUGACCGCAGAGUCAAAGGCCUCGAUCCAGCUUGUCCUGAAGAGAAUCGAGGAUGUCCAGGAGAUGUUUGAGAAGCGGAAAGCGAGUCUACAGAAGCUGGCGGUGAAGCAGCAGCGCCCGGUGCAGCCGGUUCAGCCGUCCCCGACCCACAAGCCCCGCGCCGGGCAGGCGGCACGCGCUCCGGACAAUACCGGCGCCAAACGCAUCUCAACAGCUUCCACCUCCAGCGAUGGGGAGGGGCAGAAACGGAGACCGCCUCGCAAGUCACGACACGCGCCCAAGGUGAUGAAGGUCAAGAAAGGGCGGAGCCAGCAGAGUGUUCAAUGGAUCCAGGUCAUGGCGGAGGAUUCCGUAGAGGAUCGGGUUUCGCAGACGUCUACGGAUUCCAGCGAACCGGAGGGCACGCUGGAGAACCUCGCCACCAAGCGAAGGGGUACGGGGGUGAUCCCAACCCUCAGGACCAUAUUCCAGAGGUCGGUGGGGAAGGAAGCCAGACACGUGAUGAACGAGCUGCUGGAUACAGAACAGAUCUACGUCAGCGAACUGUACGAUAUUCUCGAGGGCUACUACAAGCAGUUUGACAAUCCUGAGCUGGCCCAUCUCAUCCCCCCCAUCCUGCACGGCAAGCGCAGCAUCCUCUUCGGCAACCUGGACGAGAUCUACAACUUCCACAAUGAGGUGUUCCUGGUGUUGUUGGAGAGCCAUCGAGACCGACCGGCGCUCGUUGGAAGAUGUUUUGUGGAAAGGCAAGAAGACCUGCAGAUGUACAGCAAAUACUGCCAGAACAAGACUCGCUCCGAGGCGCUUCGCAGGGACUGUGGCGACAACGCCUUCUUCAAGGAGUGCCAGCUCAGACUGGAGCACAAGCUGCCUUUAGAAGCGUACCUGCUGAAGCCAGUGCAGCGCAUCACGAAGUACCAGCUGCUGCUGAAGGAGAUGCUGAAAUACACUCAGGACCAGGAAGGCAGGCAGGACAUAGAUGACGCACUGGCCACCAUGCUGGAGGUCCUUAAAAAUGUCAAUGACAUCAUGCAUCAGAUCGCCAUCACCGGGUUUGAUGGUGACCUGUCCCAGCAGGGGAAGCUGCUGAUGCAGGGCUCCUUCAGCGUCUGGGGCUCCAGUAAGGACAGCAAGGUCAAGGCUCUGCGGAUCCGCCCCAUGCAGAGACACAUCUUCCUGUACGAGAAGCUGCUGCUCUUCUGUAAGAAACGGGAAGACAUCAAGGAAGGGGAGAGGGCCUGCUACAGCUAUAAGAACUGUAUACAGAUGAGUGCAGUAGGCAUCACAGAGAACGUGAAAGGCGAUGCCCGUAAGUUUGAGGUCUGGCUGCACGGCAGGUCGGAGGUGUACACCAUCCAGGCGCCCACAGCAGAGACCAAGUCCAUCUGGCUGAAGGAGAUCCGCAGAGUGCUGCUCUCACAGUUCGACGCUUGUAAAGGUGGGGCCGGGGCUUCCCCUGCUGUAUCUCAUAAACAACAACAACAUCAACAACAACAACAACAUCAACAACAACAUCCUCAGUUUGAUGUGCAGGGCAGGGUCACGUCUAACCCUGCAGGGGCCAUGCCCGACACGACCUUUAACCCUGCAGUACACCUUACUCCCCAGUCUGAAGCUACUCGUAAGACUAACUCGCUGCCAGCGAACACCCGGGCUCCCGGCAAAAGCACUGCAGGAGUGACUCAGCGCCAGUCUUCCGACCUCUCAGACAUGCAGAGAAUACCGGACAGUCAGCGGCCAAACCUGUCCCCAAACACGGUGCACAAACUGAUGAAACAGAAUCAGUGGGGCUACCAGCCCGAGAAGAGUCCGUCCCCCAAAGAUUACAACGACAAUGGUAUCCCAUCAUCCUCCAGCAAUGGCGACAGCGGCGUGGCGACGACGUCUGUAGAAGACGAAGACUCGGAUGAUAUCGGCUGGUCCAGCGACGAGUUCUCCAACUCCGAGGACGAGACGGACACA